GGCUGGGCUCGGGUGGGGCGCGAAGCCGACGGAGCCGCCGCAGCCGCACUGCGCCCAGCCAGGCGCCGCUUCGGGACUCGGAGCCCCGAGCCGGGACGAUGGCGACGCCCGCCCGCCGACCCUGCGACUGAAGCCGCGCCGCGAUGGAGCUGCGGGUCGUGUGCGGCGUCCUCUACUGGCUGCUGUUGCCGCUCUCGCUGCUGGCCGCCUGCCUCUUCCGAUUCAAUGGCCUCUCGCUGGUCUACCUUCUCUACCUCCUGCUCCUGCCGUGGUUCCUGGGCCCCACGGAAGACACCAUCAGAGGUCACACUGGACGCCUCCUCCGAGCGAUCUUGGGAACCAGCAUCCUUUUCCUUCUCGCUCAUUUGGUCUUCCAAAUAUGCCUUUACACAGUGCCCGGCUUGGACCAGCUCCUCGGAAGCAACUGCAGCACAUGGGAAACUCUGGCUCAGCACAUUGGGGUUACCAGGCUGGACCUAAAUGACAUCCCCAAUUCGGUGCGCUUGGCAGCCCCCGACCUGGGCAUCCUGCUGGUUUCUGCCAUCUGCCUUGGCAUUUGCAGCCGCUUGCAGCCAGCAGGGGAGGUCAUCACCUGGAGCCAUCCGUCUGAAUCCCCCCUCCCCCAAGAACAGGAAGAAGCAGCCAUUGAUGAGGGCCACUCAAAGUCCCACGGAGGGACUGACGCUCCGGCCCCAGGCUCACCAAGGCGGCGGGCACAGUUGGCUGCUCGGCUCCGGGUAAAGGCUCACGGGCUCUUGAUGGCAGUUGGAAAGAUCUUGGCUGUUGUGUUAAUUGCACUGGCAGGGAUCACCUUGCCCUCGGCCUUCUCCAGUGUCUACUACCUGCUGUUUGUGGGCCUCAUGACCUGGUGGGCCUGCCACUUCUCCACCAGCCACCUGGCCUUCAAUGCUUUGUGCAUCAUGGUGGACGUCUUUGCUGGGGGCCACCUCAUUUGCCUGUAUGGCUACCAGACCCCCUUCAUGCAGAACAUCCUUCCACCCACUGGCCUCUGGGCACGAUUAUUUGGGUUGAAGGCCAUUAUCCUCCCCGUAGGCUGCAACCAGCCCAACAAGCUGCUGCUGGACGUCCAUCACCCCUGGCCCGUCUAUGUCAAUCCAGGCAUCCUCUUGCUGCUCUAUUAUGUUUUGGCUACCUUGGUGAAGCUCCGAAGGCUGCGCUCCUCUGAGCAGCAGAGAGAUUCCGAGUCUUCAACCUCUGAGCUUCUGGAGCUGGAAAACCGGUCGAGGGACAAAGACCACCUGCCUGAAGAUGCCAAGCCGAUGCUGGUCCAGGACCCUGAGGCUUCUGGGACGGAGGACCUCACCGUGCAUGAAAUUGUGGGAACCGAUCACUCAGCCCUCCGGAAACAGAAGCGUCCCCAGGAGAAAAUGCAGCUGCUUCAUUCCUUGGGCCACAUCGUCAUGAAGCAGAGCUACGUUUGCGCCCUCAUUGCCAUGAUGGUGUGGAGCAUCACCUACCACAGCUGGCUGACCUUCGUGCUGUUGCUCUGGGCGUGCCUCAUCUGGAUCGUGCGCAACAGGCACCACUUGGCCAUGCUCUGCUCUCCCUUCAUCCUUCUCUACGGCAUCGCUCUCUGCAGCCUGCAGUAUGUCUGGGGGAUGGACCUGGAGCCCGAACUGCCCACCAAGGUCGGCUUCAUGCCCCUGGAGCAGCUGGGGCUGGUGCGGCCUCCGUACCCCUGCCUGGACCUGGGGGCUAAGCUCCUUUAUACCUUGACCUUUUGGCUUCUGGUGCGACAAUUUGUGAAGGAGAAGCUGCUGAAAAAGAAACCUCUUUCUUCCCCCCUGAUGGAAGUGAUGGUUAUCGAGGCAGAACCAGAAUCCAAGCGUGAUGUCCUAAAAGUCCUGGGCAACUAUGUGAAGGGCUUCUAUGCCAAAUUCUGGAUCUUAGUCUGUGCGGGCAUGUUCAUUGUGGUCAGCUUUGCUGGACGGCUGGUGGUCUACAAAAUUGUCUACAUGUUCCUCUUCCUCCUGUUCCUCACCCUCUUCCAGGUUUACUACGAUCUCUGGAGGAAACUCCUGAAGGCCUUCUGGUGGUUUGUGGUUGCUUACACCAUGCUAGUCCUUAUAGCUGUUUACACCUUCCAGUUUGAGGACUUCCCCAUGUACUGGAGGAACUUCACCCACAUGACCGAUGAACAACUGGGUGACCUUGGCUUGGAGCAGUUCAGUGUCUCAGAGCUCUUCUCCAGCAUCUUCAUUCCAGGCUUCUUCCUGCUGGCCUGCAUCCUUCAGCUCCACUACUUCCACCGACCAUUCAUGCGCAUCACCGAUCUGGAGCGCGUCACCUCACCAGGGAAGGGAGAGAUUAGUGGAAGCCAGGAGCUGCUCCAGGCUGAAGACCCUGAGCCAAAUGACGAUGUUGAUGCCUCUUCUGAAGACGGGGUGCCCAGCAAGUGGGGCCUGGUGCUGCAGCGUCUCUCGGUGUUGGGAAAGAGCUUCUCAGACAUCCUCGGCCGCAUCCAGGUCUUUGUCCUGCGCCUGCUGGAGCUGCACGUUUUGAAGUUGGUGGCUCUGUACAUCAUCUGGGUUGCUUUGCAGGAGGUGUCGGUGAUGAACUUGCUGCUGGUGGUGCUGUGGGCCUUUGCGGUGCCCUACAGCCGCUUCUGCCAUAUGGCCUCCUGCCUCUCCACCAUCUGGGCCUGCAUCAUCAUCGUCUGCAAAAUGCUGUACCAGUUGAAGAUCGUCAACCCACAAGACUACGACAAAAACUGCAGCUUGCCUCUGCUCAAUGCGACCAACCUCCAACCAGAGGAGAUUGGCAAUUCUACCCUCUACCAAGGUCCUGUUGACCCGGCAAAUUGGUUUGGUAUUCGCAAGGGAUACCCCAGCCUGGGUUACAUCCAGAACCAUCUGCAAGUUCUAGCCCUGCUGGUUUUUGAAGCGGUGGUGUAUCGAUGCCAGGAAUACUACCGCAAAAAACACCAGCUGGUGCCUCCACUCACCCAGACCGUCUUUGAAGAUGCAACACGCCAGAACCUAGAUCAAGGCUUGCUAAACUGCAUCAAGUACUUCAUCAACUACUUUUUCUACAAGUUUGGCCUUGAGAUUUGCUUUCUAGUGACAGUGAACGUGAUUGGCCAGCGCAUGAACUUCAUGGUGAUCUUCCAUGGAUGCUGGUUGGUUGUCAUCCUGACCCGGAGGCGGCGUCAGGCCAUUGCCAAGCUCUGGCCCAAGUACUGUCUCUUCCUGGCUCUCUUCUUCAUCUUCCAGUACCUUCUCUGUGUUGGGAUUCCUCCAGUUCUCUGCAUUGAUUACCCCUGGAGGUGGAGCCCCACCCUUCCCAUUACCUCCGUUCUCAUCAAAUGGAUGUACUUCCCCGACUUCUUCAUGAAACCCAAUUCGAUCAAUCUCAUGAGUGACUUCCUCUUGCUCCUCUGCGCAUCUCAGCAGUGGAAAGUUUUUGUCAAUGAGCAAACGGCAGAAUGGGUGCAAUUGGCUGGUGACAACCGAGAGCAGCUGGAGCCCCUGCAGGGGCAGCCAAACCCCGUGCCCAAUUUUGUCAAUUGCAGGUCCUACUUAGACAUUGUCAAGGUGUGUGUGUUCCGCUACCUCUUCUGGUUCGUCUUGGUCAUUGUCUUUAUCGCUGGGGCCAAUCGCAUCAGCAUCUUUGGCCUGGGCUACCUGAUGGCCUGCUUCUACCUGCUGCUCUUUGGCACCGCCAUGUUGCGCUGGUCCCUGCGUGCCCGCCUGAUCCUGUGGGACUGCCUGAUUCUCUACAACGUGACGGUGAUCAUUGCCAAGAAUAUGCUCUCGCUCCUCUCCUGCGUCUUCGUCCAGCAAAUGCAGAACAACUUCUGUUGGGUCAUUCAGCUCUUCAGCCUGGCCUGCACCGUCAAGGGUUACUAUGACCCCAAGGAUGUGGACAAGAGCCAGGACUGCGUGCUGCCUGUGGAGGAAGCCGGCAUCAUCUGGGACAGCAUCUGCUUCAUCUUCCUGCUCCUCCAGCGCAGAGUCUUCCUCAGCUGCUACUUCUUGCAUGUCUGGGCCGACCUCAAGGCCUCAGCCCUGCAGGCCUCCAGGGGCUUCGCCCUCUUCAAAGCCAGGAUGAUCAAGCAGAUGACCGCCCACCACCAGGCUGAAAAGAAAUCCUUGGUCCAACUUAAGCGGCAGAUGCAACGGAUUCGAGCCAAGCAGGAGAAGUACCACCAGGGACAGCUGGCCAGAGACUUGGAAGAGGCCACGGAGGCAGCCACGCCAGCCUCAGGUGCCAAGAAGGACCCUGGCCAGCAAAGGAAGCGCUGGUGGCGCCCGUGGUUGGAUCACGCCACAGGAAAACCACAUUCUGUGGAGGGCAGCCCCACAUCGCCUGCUGUACUUUCCCCAGAGGAAGUAGCCCUUCCUUCUCGGGUGGACGGAGGCUGCCGGGGGAGGCAGGGCCAUUACAGGGUGCUGCACUCGGGGGAUUACUUCUUGUUUGAGACGGACAGCGAAGAGGAUGAGGAGUCACCUGUGGAAGAUCUGAAGCCCCCAAAGCAGAGCGCCUUCCAGCUGGCCUACCAGGCCUGGGUCACCAGCACAAGGACUGUCCUGCGUAAGCAACGGCGCCAGGAGAAAGAGGAACAGGAGACGGAUCCAGCCGAAGGUCCCUCUUCUCCAGGUGAGGAGACCCAAGAGGAAGCUCCGCCAGGUAAACUGCCAGAUGAGAGAGGCAGCCAGAAGGAGGAGGAAGAAGAGGAGGAGGAAGAAGAGGAGACAAGUCCAGGGAAGAGCAACGUUCUGCAGCGGGUGCUGAAUGCCCUGCGCUUCCUGUGGGUGCUGUGCCAGGCCACGGUGGACGGCUUGACCCGGUGGCUGAGGGCCCUCACCAAGGACCAUGAGCACCUCUCCACCAUCCUGGGCCUGGAGAGGUUUGUGCUCACCCAGCAGCUGGAUCAGGCAGAGGAGGUCCAAAAGGGCAUCCUGGACAGGUUAUACCAGCCGACCCCGCCGGCCGACAACACCUCGCAGGACACAGCCUUGCCUGGGACGGCAGCAGUAUCGCCCAACAGCAUGGCUUCCAGUGGCUGCGACGGGGCCGAGGUUUUCAGUGCUGACAGCACCGGCUACCACUCUCGAAGCGCCAGCGAGGAGCAAAUUCCAGCCGUGGAUCUUCCGGACAAUGCAGGACUCCUUCCCAGCAACUCCCAGGAGCUGCUGGCUUGUGCUAAGAGUCGCCCCAGAACUGCCAGUGAAUUGCUACUGAACAGAUGUGUCUCUUUCGAAGAACUGGAGGAAUCCGAGCAGUUCUACCGUUCCCAAAACCGCUUUGUGCAGCUGCUGGUAGCCUGUUACCACUUUGUGGCUGGGCAUUCGGACCUGCUGUGUUACUUCAUCAUCAUCCUCAACAACAUGGUCACGGCCUCGGUCAUCUCAAUCGUCCUGCCCAUCCUCAUCUUCCUGUGGGCCAUGCUGUCCAUCCCACGGCCCAGCAAGUCCUUCUGGAUGACGGCCAUCGUCUACACGGAGGUGAUGGUGGUUCUCAAGUACCUUUUCCAGUUCGGCUUCUUCCCCUGGAACAGCUACACCACCAUGGUGCGCUAUGAGGGGAAGCCUUUCUUUGCCCCUCGCAUCCUGGGCAUUGAGAAGACUGACAACUACAUCAAAUACGACCUGAUCCAGCUCUUAGUGCUCUUCUUCCACCGCUCCCUGCUGCUGAGCUACGGCCUCUGGGAUCACGAAGAAGACCUGCUGGCCAAACCUCAGCUGGAGAGAGAAGAAUUGCCAGACACGGCCAAAGAAAAGGAAGAGCCGGAGCCUUCGGCAUCGGCCAGCCCCGAAGCAGAGAACGUGGUGGUGAUGGAGGAGAAGACUGAGCCAGAGGUGCAGAAGGGCAUCCGCUCACGGUUCAGAAAGAAAAAGGAAAAGAAGAAGCAACUGAGCAAACCUCUGGACCAUCAAAGGGAGGAAGCCCCAGAGAUCCAGGAGCAGGAAGGAAAGGAGGAGGUGCUGGAGGAAGAGGAGGAGGAGGAGAAGAAGAAGAAGAAGAAGUCGGGGGCAUCCCAAGAAAAGAUGAAAGCUGCCAAACGCCAAGUGAAGCACUUCUUUGCUUCUGCAAGAGAGCGCACGUUCCAGCCAGCGUGCCAGUUCUUCCAGGACAUCCUGCACAGCAAGUGCCGUGCUGCCACCGAUGUCUACGCCCUCAUGUUCCUGGCUGAUGUGGUAGACUUCAUCAUCGUCAUCUUCGGCUUCUGGGCCUUUGGAAAACACUCGGCUGCAGCCGACAUCACAUCCUCGCUCUCCGAAGACCAGGUGCCCCAGGCCUUCCUGGUGAUGCUUCUGAUUCAGUUCUCCACCAUGGUCAUUGACCGGGCACUCUACCUGCGCAAGAGCGUCCUGGGCAAGCUCAUCUUCCAGUUCAUCUUGGUUUUUGGCAUUCACAUCUGGAUGUUCUUCAUUCUACCCGCUGUCACCGAGAGGAAAUUCAGCCAGAAUACGGUGGCCCAGCUGUGGUACUUUGUCAAGUGCAUCUACUUCGGCCUCUCUGCCUACCAGAUUCGCUGCGGUUACCCCACCCGCAUCUUGGGGAAUUUCCUCACCAAGAAAUACAACCACCUGAACCUCUUCCUCUUCCAAGGGUUUCGCCUGGUGCCUUUCUUGGUGGAGUUGCGAGCGGUCAUGGACUGGGUCUGGACAGACACCACUCUGUCCCUCUCCGACUGGAUGUGUGUGGAAGAUAUCUAUGCCAACAUCUUCAUCAUCAAGUGCAAUCGUGAGAUGGAGAAGAAAUACCCACAACCCAAGGGUCAGAAAAAGAAGAAGAUCGUCAAAUACGGCAUGGGAGGCCUCAUCAUCCUCUUCCUCAUCUGCAUCAUCUGGUUCCCACUGCUGUUCAUGUCCCUGGUGCGCUCCGUGGUGGGUGUGGUCAACCACCCUAUCGAUGUCACCGUUACCCUGAAGUUGGGGGGCUACGAGCCCCUCUUCACCAUGAGCGCCCAGCAGCAGUCCAUCCAGCCUUUCACCCCGCAGAACUACGAACAGUUGACCAAUAAGUUUGAACGGCAGCCGCUCGCCAUGCAGUUCAUCACCCAGUAUGGCUACGAGGACGUCGCCUGGGCCCGCAUUGAGGGCAGCUCCGGAUCCCUGUGGAGUAUCAGCCCCCCCAGCCGUGAGCAGCUCUGGCAGGAGCUGCACAAUGGCUCCUCGGACAUCACUCUGCGCUUCACCUGGAACUUCCAAAGGGAUCUCAGCAAAGGAGGGAAAACGGAAUACACUACCCAGAAGCACACCAUGGAUCUGAACCAGAAGAGUCUCGUGAGGCAAAAUUUGGCCGGAAUGCUGCAGGGCGCCUCUCACGCCCCUGUGCGGAUACCCCACCUCUUCCCACCCUACAUACGGGCACCCAGUGGCCCCGAGGCAGACCCGGUUGAGCCCCUGCUCCCAGACGGAGAAGACAGCUACCUGGAUGUGGAAGUGCAGCUGAAGCAGAAGCGAGUCCGGCCCGGGAACAGCAGCACCAGUUUCCUGGAGUGGUGGAUGAUCCAGCUGGCCGACUGCCAGGCGGAGUGCCACAUCCUGCCCAUGGUCAUCUUCAGCGACAAAGUCAGUCCCCCUAGCCUGGGCUUCCUGGCGGGAUACGGGAUCAUGGGCCUCUACGUCUCCAUCGUGCUGGUGAUCGGGAAGUUCGUGCGGGGCUUCUUCAGCGAGAUCUCCCACUCCAUCAUGUUUGAGGAGCUGCCCUGCGUGGACCGCAUCCUGACGCUGUGCAGCCACAUCUUCCUGGUUCGGGAGACGGGAGAGCUGGAGCUGGAGGAGGAGCUCUACGCCAAGCUCAUCUUCCUCUACCGCUCGCCAGAGACCAUGAUCAAGUGGACCCGGGAGAAGGACUGAGGAGGAAGGCAGCGCCCGUCACCCCCAAAAGAGCCCUGGGAGACCCGCAGCCCAGCAGGUGGGCUCAGCCAGAUGCCGGUCCUGGACACCAACUCUCCGUACCCUGCCUCUUCCGCUGGAGGCUCUGGGGUGGGGCAGCCCCAUAACCUGAGCCACACUUGCAGCCGAACAAGAGCCGGAGACACACAAGACACCUUUUGAAAGACUUUUUUUUUUACAAACCAAAAAAAAGAUACCACACACACACACAUACACACCCUCCCAAAACUGGACUCCUGCUUCCUUCCCCCACGGAAACCAGGAAGCUUUUGGAAACAAAUGGCUGAAAUGCCCAGAGGCCCCCCUCACCUCUGCAGCCACUGACCCUCCCUCCCUCUCGCCCUGGCUGCUGGGAACAAG